AAAUUCAAUCCCAGUGGUUUCCCCAGAUCCUACUUUGAGACCCACAGGCCUCAUGCCGGUGAAGGUGUGAGAGCUGAAGUUUCCGGGUGUGCGAGUCUCCGGCGUGAGCUGGCUGUGCCCGGGUCUCUGGGGGAGACGGCAUUUCAGGCGGGAAGCCAGCCUAGGCACAGGCCUGGGUCUGAACCCUGAGGAUGCUUUUUGUUCCUUGGGCUCCAGAGCCCAGCGGGGAUGGUCGAGGGGCCCAAGUAGGGGGCAUCCAAGUCGGCUGUGGGGUCUCAGGGAGUCCUGGGCUGAUGUGCGGGCUGGUCUGGCUCCCCGGCCCGGCCAGCGGGCUGGAGGCCCCUCUCCUUCAGGAGCGUCCUUACCUCCCAGAGGAAGCGCCCCUCCCCUCCAGGCAUUUGUCCAUUGAUUUAGACACAAACGCUGAGUUCACCUUCCUGUGGAAAAAUCCGCCCUGGGGCUUAUCUGUAGGGAGGGGUGCUGAGGCACCUUGUCCUUGGGUGGGACCUUCCCCCUCUGCUAUUUCAGGCUCUGGGAGCCGCAGGAAGCCUUAGGAGGGGGCUUCCUCUGGGCGUAUUUUUAGAGGAACAAAGUGGGGCCUGACUAGCAGGGCUCUGUGGUGGGGGCUGGCCUGGGGAUGGGGCUUGCAGGGGAGGCCCAGAGGACAGGGUCAAGCCCUCCCUCCCGGCCAGAGACCUGCUGUCUAACAGGCUGAGUUCAGAGGGUCUGGAGGAAGAGCCGGGCCUUGGCUGACCUCCCCAAACCGACGGGCGGUCAGGGUGCCUUGGGAGGGGGUGCCUGCAGGCAGGAUGGCCGGGUGGGAUGGCCAGGUGGGAUGGACGGCUUGGGCUCUGGUGCAGAAUGAAGCGUCCCACCAUUCAUUCAUAAGGGCCAAGCUGGGAGUCAGGGCCCCUCGAGUUACUCCUGGCCUCUCUGUUCCUUGUCCCCCAUCCCGGCUGGGCUGGGGGAAGUGGGGCUGGGGAGGGCACUGAGGGGGCAGGCCCUCCCAUGGGGGUGCUGUGGGGUCCUAGUCAGUGGUGACUCAGCCAGGCCAGCUGCAGCGCAGCUGAUCCUGACAGUGACAACAGGGGACAGCCCCCGCACAGACGGGGCAGGCUGCGAUGCCGGGGCCGUGGAGGUGGGGACAGAGCUGGGCCCCCACCCCGGUUCCACAGGUCCUUGGGUGCACGUGAGUGGGAGUCCUGUGGGGGCUCGCCGCCUAGUAUGGGGGGCCCUCGUGCCUAUGGGAGAGCCCUGGGAGCCUCAGCAGGACUGUCUCCUGCUGUGGCGCCGGGGACCCCUCCCUGGCCUCCCUGUCCCCCCAGCCCCGGGUCCUGGGGGCAGGGCAGGGCCUCCCAGCAGCUUCCUUCCUUCCUUUCUUGGGACUGAAACCUAGCCAGUACGGGGUGCCUAGCUGGGGCCUGAGCAUGGGAGGGGGACUCAGCCGCCACCCUGCUCCCCAAAGUGACUCAGCCCCCCCCUCCCGUCCCCCACCCAUCCCUGGGGAGCUGGGGCCACUGUGGAGGUGGAUAAAUGGGUGGUGGCCUGGGCUGGCUGGAGACUUUAGGCCACUUCAGCUGGACACUCGGUGCCUGCCACUUCUCUCCUGCCUCCCAUGGCCCGCUCUGGGGAUGCCACACGGCUGGCCCCAGCCCCAGGAGCCUCUCCACAGAGACCGUCCUGGAGACUCACGCAGGAUGUCGGUGGGCCCCCGAGGGAGCUACGCCCUCGGCUCUGCCACCUACGGAAGGGCCCGCAAGGGUAUGGGUUCAACCUGCACAGUGACAAGUCCCGGCCAGGACAGUAUAUCCGCUCCGUGGACCCAGGCUCGCCGGCCGCUCACUCUGGCCUCCGCGCCCAGGACAGACUCAUCGAGGUGAACGGGCAUAACAUUGAGGGGCUGCGCCACGCAGAGGUGGUCGCCAGCAUCAAGGCGCGGGAGGACGAGGCCCGGCUGCUAGUGGUGGACCCCGAGACGGACGAGUACUUCAAGCGGCUGCGGGUCACGCCCACUGAGGAGCAUCUGGAAGGUCCACUGCCAUCACCAGUCACCAACGGGACCAGCCCUGUCCAGCUCAAUGGUGGCUCAGCGUGUUCAUCCCGAAGUGACCUGCCUGGCUUAGACAAGGACACUGAGGUAGACAGCAGCACCUGGAAGCGGGACCCCUUUCAGGAGAGUGGUCUCCACCUGAGCCCCACGGCAGCCGAAGCCAAGGAGAAGGCGAGAGCCACCCGAGUCAACAAGCGGGCGCCACAGAUGGACUGGAACCGGAAACGCGAGAUCUUCAGCAACUUCUGAGCCCCUCCCCGCCUGUCUGCACGACCCUCGGGCCCCGCCCAGAGUCCCCCAAGCCUCAGCGGACUGGAGGGGGUGCUUCCUCACCCCCAGAAGCUGUGCUGGUCCCACCACCAC